GUAAAACUGAGCUGUGAAUAGCAUGCAAAUUGAGUGUCAUACAAUUCGAGAAAUUUGUUUAAAAUAAGUUCACCUUGAAUCCUUAUGAGGGUCACAAUAAGUGGAUCAGUUAUAUGUUUUAAAGCGACUAAGGCCAAUUUCCAAUACGUCGCAUUUAUAAGAUGAGUAUGCCAACAAAGGGAAAACAUCAUCACCUUACUCAUCAUCAUCAAUCACAUCAUUCACAUCUGCAGCCACAAAAUAUUAUUGGUGUAAAUAUAAGCCAGCCAUCUGCAAUAACUGGAUCACAGUCUUCACAUACACAGCAUUACAAUCCAACAAUUUUGAAUACCACAGCUCGGUUUAUAUCACAUGCUGGACCUGAAUUUCAUGUACCUGGACAGAGCUUUGGUGCCCAACCAGGAGGGCAAGUGGGUGGGGGAGCCGGCUCUCUUGCUAUUCCAGGCGGGAGAGCAUCCGCUUUAGGAACAAUUCAAUCGCUUGGACAGUCGUCAUCAAUUUUAUCUUCUUCAGUACCAUCAAGUGGGCAACCUCCAAUAGCUCCAGGUUCUAGUAUUAAACCACAAAUUUCUCAAAUUUCAUCUAUUGCAACAACUACGGGACAUACUUCAGUAUCACAGGAAAUGGGAAAACAAACUCAUAUUCAAACUCAACCUACAUCAAUGUACGUUCAAAAUCAGAGUAGAUCGGCAAAUCAGAAUUAUUAUUCAACGGGACCUCGAAAUCAGCAAUCGAGGAAUCUUAGUCACAGAAGUGGUCAACAAGCUGUAAAUCAAUCGCAAGUUGUUGGGAUGCCUGGAGUAGGAAAUUCAAGUGGACAACCAACAGCGAUAUAUCCCCAUCCUGGUAUAGCAAUGCAGCCUUCUACACUUUACGUACAAAGUCAAGUGUCCGGCCUUCAUGCUUCUCCACAUCAACAAAACGUUUAUCCUAUAAAUAGUCAGAUACCAAUGCAGUAUACUGGACCACCGCAGAGACAUCAAACGCAUCAAAAUCAAUUUCAAUUUCAAUCUUAUCCAGCCCAUACACUUAUAACUUCAAAUUUUAUUGGUUAUACUCAUGGGGCUCAACAUCAUGGAUAUUAUUAUUCGCCAACAAGUGCCCAAAUAAAUUUAAGAGGAACUGGCGGAAAUAAUGUGACGAACACUUCGCAGCAUCUACCGGGAUCGCUAAGCAACACACAAGGAGCUGCGAUCGUUCCUCAAGGAACUCUUCAACAACAAGCUCCACAAGCCACGCAGACUAUACAUGGAAUGAAUGUGACAUUGCCUCAAACAGAUGUUUAUCCUAGCUUCAACAAUACCUUCAACAAUAAUAUGUCAACAAAAUCAAAAAGGCAAAGAUCUAAAGCUAUCACGGAUAUUGUUAAUCCAGAUACCGGUAAAAAUAUAAGUGCAGAAAUUUAUGAAGAAGAGCAUGGGUUUCUAAGUGCCGAUUUGAAUCAGAAAGCUAGUCCGCAAACUGUGAAUAAUAAUGCUGUAGCAGCCGAUUUUGCUGCCCGAGUUGCAAAGUUAGCUUCAGAAUCGAUACCAGUCAUUCAACCGUCUACCGAUUUAAAAGAGCCCAAUCUCUGCAUUACAAAUGCAAUUCAUAUGAGCGGAGUACCUCCUGAUAAUCAACCGGCUACUAGCGAACUGAAUGUAGUUUCAAGCAUAGACCUCUGUAAUCCAGAACUUAUUCAAAUAAACUCUCCAGAUAAACUAAAUGAAAAAUGUGAAGUAAAUGUUGCCAAACCAACCCAAAUUUUCCUAUCAAAUUUGGUUGAUAAUGUUUUACCUGAAGGAAAUGAUUCAAUUUCAGAUGUGAGUGGUAAAAGCAUAUCUACCCCGGAAUUUGACAAAUUGAGUAAUUCACGAAGUCAAAUUUCAGAGCUUUUUCAUUUUCCCAGUGCUAAAAGUCUUUCUUUGGCAAAUGAGAUGAAUGAAACUGAUAACCACUCAGUUGUUGAAUAUCAAAGAAAUAGCGAAGAUACAUCAAUUCUUGAAUCUAAUGAACGAAUGAUUCAAGAUAAUAUCCAAUCACCAAUAGAUCAUUCGACUUCUAGGGAAGAUUUGAUUGAAUCUAUUAAUGAAAAAGAUACAAAUAGAACUCUUGAAGAUAAUUUUGAAAAAAUUGACAUCCAUUUGAAGACUUGUGAAAGUAAAAAUGUGCAGAAACAAAAAAAUAAAAGUAAAGUUAAAAUAAGAGAAUUGAAUAAGACCAGUGUCGAAAAAGGAGAUAACGAAAUGGAAUCCGUUUUUGAUGUUUCUUUGAAAAUUGAAGCCUCCAACGACCAGUCUCAUUCAAAACAGGAGUCUAGCAUUGGAUAUAUUGAAAAUAUUAAAGGCAAAGAUAGUGAAUUUAAAAGAGACGUAGAGAUAGUAAAAGAAUUAACUCCACAACUACUGGAAAAGAAUGUUAGUGAUAAAGUCAUACAUGAUAUUGAUUAUGUUGUGCAGAAUGAAUGUGCCGAAACGACACUCGAAAUGCCGGAGCACGAUUCUACCGAAACCAUUGUAACUCAAAAGAAUGAAGAAAAUGCAAUAGGGUUAGACUCUGUGGAAGUAGUUAAGCAAUUAACUGAAAAAUCUGUAGAUCAACCUGAGCUCGUUAAAGUAACUCAGACCGUCAAAAAUAUCAAUACCAGCAACAAUAUUACAGCUACAUCAGCUAGUAUGAUUGUGAAUACGAUUACAAAUACUUCAACGAUCGCUACGACAGCCACAUCAACUAUGUCUGUAUCAAACACAUUAUUAAUAUCAUCGAAACUUAAGUAUGUGUACUCUGCCGACCAAUGGAGUCCUAUUAAUACUGCUGGAAAAAAAGUGUAUGGUCGUGAAUUUCUUAUGAAAUUACAAAAUGAUCCUAAUAGCAAAAUUAAACCAUCAAAUCUACCCGAUCUUGAUGUUGUGCUCAAAGACAACAGCAAAACUCGCAGUCCCGUUGAUUUCAAACUGCGAGAUACAAAUAUUGCUAGACAUGAUUCUCUUUUACCUGGCUUUGCUGUAAGACCUUCUUCUAUGAGUACUAAACCGCUUCCUGCUAAUAAAAAGAGCCAUUCGGGAAAACCAAAAUCAAAUAAACCAAAUGUCAUCCAUGUAUCGCUUUCUCUUCGUGAUGAUGUCAAAUUACGGGAGACUGAAAACGCGUGGAAACCAACCAGAUUGUUACAUGGUAAUAUGUCAGAAGAACAAGCCAAAACUGAUGCUCUUUAUAAACGAGUGCGCAGCGUUCUUAAUAAACUUACGCCCCAAAAAUUUGAAACUCUUGUUAACCAAGUACGAGAACUGCAAAUCGAUACCCAAGAGAGACUGCAAGGAGUCAUAGACUUAGUCUUUGAAAAAGCCGUAGAUGAACCAAACUUUUCGGUUGCUUAUGCUUUGAUGUGUAGAGAAUUAGCCAACAUGCAAGUGACAGGCGGCGACGUUGAAGAUUCGACUUCAGCAAAUUUCAGAAAGCUUAUUUUAACACGGUGUCAAACUGAAUUUCAGAAGAAUACUGUUGAUGAAAAAACUCGAAAUGAAAAACUGUAUGAAAUCAAUGAGUGUAUAGAUACUGAGAAAAAAAAGGAGCUUCAGACAAAUUUGGAAGAAGAGGAGCGCCGAAUGCGUAUGAAAUCUGUUGGCAAUAUUCGUUUUAUUGGAGAACUUUUUAAACAAAAUAUGCUCACUUCGAAAAUAAUGCAUCAAUGUAUCCAACACCUUCUAAAAAACACGGACGAAGAAAAUCUUGAAUGUCUUUGCAAGUUACUUACAACAAUUGGCAAAGCCCUUGAAUCGAAAAACAUUGAUCUUUCUGAUUAUUUUAAACAAAUGCAGCAAAUUGCAAAUCGUAAGGGUAAAGUCAGCUCAAGGAUUCGUUUUAUGCUUCAGGAUGUGAUUGAUUUAAGAACUGAUAAAUGGGUACCACGUCGUGAUGAUAGCAAUCCAAAAACCAUGGAUCAAAUCCAAAGAGAAGCAGAACUUGAAAGAUUAGAAAUCAGUAAUGCUCCUGUUAGUACAUUGAGAAAAGAUGAAAGACCUAUGGAACGUAAACGUAAUCGUGGCGGUGCUGUCUCUUUGGAAGAAGGCGGUUGGAGUCAGGCUGUAGGAAGGACACGUCAAGUAUAUUCAGUAGAAACGUCUAAACUGAAAAAUAAACCACCUUCAAUGGAUGAUAUGCAGUUAGGCAGUAGAUCAAAUUAUGUUUGGCCAAGGGCUAGUCCUAAAAUAACAACUCCUAACAAGUUUUCUUAUCUUGCAAACAGUUCUUCUGAGUCUGAUAAAAGAGCAGCUACAAUUCAUCUAUCUGGCUCCAGAUCAACUGGUCCUCGAGAUUAUGGUCGUGUUGACUACAAGACUACUUAUGAAGGAAGGAAUUCUCGAAAUGGCAGCUAUGUUACUAUAAAUAAUACCGUCACCCAUAGUAGAGAAAAGCCUUCGAUUGAGAACUCUAGGAGUCAAAGUAUUUCAAUUAUGACGUCUUCUCAAUCAAAUUCUCAAUCCACUAUAGAAAAUACAUCGAAAUUAUCAGAUCAAGAGAUGAAUGUAGCAAUUAGUAGUUUCAUUGAGGAAUAUAUUGCAGGAGAAGAAGAUGUUGAGGCUGCAAUCCAAGAAUUUAGGAAAAAAUUUCCGAUUUUAUCGCAUGCCACAUUUGUAAGAGAAAUUACAAAUGCCAUUUUAGAAAAACCAGAUUAUCACCGAAAUAAAACCUCACAGCUCUUGGCACGACUAUUGUCGUUACAGUAUGUUAGUUUACAGAAUUUUGAAAAUGGCUUAAGAGAAAUUAUUGAAGCAUCUCCUGAUUUGAUUAUUGAUAUACCUAUGCUAUGGGAAUAUUUUGCGAAAAUUUUAGUGCAUCCUAUACUAAAUGGAACAUAUCCACUAACGGAGUUAAAAAAUAUCGUACAACCUUUAUCAUCAGAGAAACGAAAGAAAGGGAAAACUUAUGGGUUAAUUACUCAAUUAUUGUUAGAAUUAAACCAAUUAGAAGGAGCAGCAUGGACAAAUGAAAAGUGGAAUUCAAGUGGUCUUCAUUGGAAUGAUUUCGUAGAUGAUGAAGUCAAUAUAAGCCAGAUUAUUAAAAAACAUGGCUUAGAAUUUUUAAUUGCGGACUGCACGUCAUCAUUAAGUUUUGAGAAAAUUCAUGAAAAAUUAUUAGUACUUCUAAAAGACAGUGAUUUUGAUGAAAUUUGUAAUUGGAUACAGACGAACGUCAAUGAACGAUUAAAAGAGACUAAGUUUAUAAGAACUCUAAUGACUGCUAUUCUGGAAACAUCGAUUGAACAAUGUAAUGACAAAUGGAUUUUCAAAGUCGAAAUCUUUGAUAAAUUACAAAAACUAAUACAGCGCUAUGUUGAUGCUGAUGAUUCUUUGGAAUUACAGUGUCUUUUUGCUGUGCAAGCAUACAUACAUAAAUUGCGUCAUCCUGCAGGUUUGCUUUUGAAAAUUAUGAACUACCUGUGCGAAAAUAACGUUCUAUCUAAUGAAGCUUUCCUAGCAUGGGAGAAAAACGAAGAUAGUUUUGAAAGAGAAGGAAAAUCUGUUGCAGUUGUUUCACUGAAGUCAUUUUUUAUUCCUUUAAAAGAAGUUGAAGAUAUUUCGAGCGGGGAAGAUGCGUGAAAGCUGAUAGGUCAUAAAUAAUGAAAUACCGACCAUCGAUUGUUUGUGGUCACAUCAAUCCCAGUCUUUCGCUGUACUAAAGAUCUUUAUACAUACACAAAUAUUGCAAGAUUCUAGAGGCGAUACUUAGUUUGAAAUGGAUAAUUGCAGCCAAAUUACUGUUGCUUUAUCAAAUUCAUACCAUUAAGUUUUAGAGAUGAAUAUUGCAAAUGUCAUAAAGGGGUGCGUGUAUUAUAGCGUAUGAAAUUAUAAAAACUUUACAGUUUUCGUAAAGUUAAUAGUAUAGUUUAUUAUAAAAAAAAAGUGGACGAAUAGCAAGCAUGAAUGCAACGAUCGUAUUUGAGAUACGUUAUACAUAUUGGAAAUAAAUAUUUACAAAUCAUUAUAAUUAAUAGAAUACAAAUAUAAAUACAGUUGUUUACACACCUCCACACUAGCGUGAAGUCUCGCAUAUAUAUGUAUAUGUAUAUGUAUAUGUAUAUGUAUAUGUAUGUGUGUAUAUAUGCACUGAAUCUGUAAAUGUAGAUAUAAGUAUAGAUACAUAUACUAAUAAUAUAUGCAUAUAUAUACAUAUAAUUUCAUACACCGAUACACGUAUGAACUUUAUCAAUACAGACGACAUGUUGAAAUAAAAUAUUGACAUAAUAUAGUUUGAUUUAUUCAACGUACUGCCAGCUAGUAAUGUAAAUUACAUCAAAAGUAAAAUGACAAGUUCUUUCUUACUUGAUUUCACUCGAUCGGCAUAUUAUAAAUUGGAUAAUUUAAUUUUUUAUUUAAAAAAUAUAAAUUUAAAAGCAUAAUCAUUAUUUGUGUAAUUUCUUACAAGUAAUGUGUAGACUUCAUUGCAUUAUGUAUAAAAUGAUGCACACAUCUUUUUAAAUAAGCUCUAUUUUGGACUAUAUGAUUAUAGAUUGAGACAUAAUAACAAAUCAUGAAAUAAGUAAGAUAUUUUCUUAUGAAAGUAAUAUUAUUUAGUACGUGAUUCGACAGAAAAUUUAAUUCUUAGUUUAAGUGUGUUUGUUUGUAAUAAAUAAAAAUUUUG